AUGUCAUUGUCGAGCAAUGAUGACUGGGGUUGUGUGAGUGAAGAAGAUUUAUUCAUAUCAUGCGGAUCAACGAAAUCACUCGAUGAAUUGGUCGAAUCAAUUACAUCGUCGAACAGUGUCGAUAAUCAUAUCACCGUGAAUCCACUCAAUUUUCCACUUUCUGAUGGAAGUCAAAAUAUUCAGGUAGUGCCUUGUGUCCUGUCAUCAACGGUGCCGAAUCGUUGUGCUCCAAAAAUCUUGAAGAAACGAGGUGUAAUAUACAGUAUACCGAAUGAACGUGACCGUCGUAACUCACUUAAACGUGUCACCUUCGAAGUGGAAAAAUUAGCAGCUGAUGAAUGCGAGGACGGUGUGGAGCGAGAGAAUGGCCGUGCACGCCUUGCCGUGCAGUUGGGUGCACGUGCUUCAAAGAAGGAUUAUUUAAAUUAUAAGGCGCUCAAAGCGGUGAUACACGCUUCAAAAACAGCGCCAUCCACGAAUAAUAACGAUAAGCUAUCAGCGUUGACCGCUCUCAAGAAAACAACUGCCAUCAAAAAGAAAAAUGCCAAACACAACAAUCAAAACAACAGAAAAUUCCAUAAAUAA